AUGCAUGCUGGUGUCCUUUCCCCAGGCUGCCCUCGCACCUUGGUGUGUCGCCUCACCAACAUCUCCUCGGUGCCCGUGACCUUCAGCCUCUGCAUUCCCAGGGAUGGCUCAGGAGAGCUCAGCACUUCCAGUCUUGCUCAGAUCUCAGACAACACUCACCCAUCCUGUAGAAAAGGAGCCCAAGGCCGUGUCAAGCCAACCGAGUUCUCCAUCAGGCCUCGUAGAGGGACCAUCUUCCCCCAGGGAUCCCUGGCUCUCCAGGUCUCCCUGUGUUCCACCACAGUAAGGACGUACGAGCUGGCGCUGGCGCUGGCGCUGGACGUGGAUGGUGUUGGUGAGGAGGUGUGUGAGCUGCCCAUCACUGCCAGACAGUGCAGCAGGCGCACGGUGCGGGGCAGGGGGGCUGGAGCCGACUGGCUGGGCUUGAAGGAUGAGGAUUGGUGUGAGUGGGAGCCGCUGCCUGCAGCGAAGGGCAGCCCUGCCGUGAGCCGCCCCAGCCCUGCCCCGGCCGCACGGCCUGGCCCCGCCAGCCACGUCCCGGCUGCAGAGGAGGCAGCGGCUAAAGCGGCCCGGCUGGAGGAGGAGGACUGGCUGAUCGCUGCCUUGGCUCGCAAGAAAGCCCAAGCGCAGGCCAAGGCCCAGGAGAGGAAUGCCGAGGCCUCGGAGGCCCCAGGGGAAAGGCUGCAUCCCCGUCCUGCUGUCAGCUCUGUUCUAGGGGAUGAUUUCUUCAGCAAGCUCUCUGCAGAGGACAGCAAAGCUGCAGGGGGACCCAGGGCCUCUGCCACAGACGCAGAGAAUCUGCUGCAGAACCUGAAGGAUAUGGAUGACCUGGAAGCUGAUCUCCUGGGGAUAUCAAAGCCCAGUUCUGCAGCAGAGAAGACAACUGUGAAAGGUCCUGAGGAAUGGGGUUCCUUGGGAGAAGGACGAGCUAAAGCCCCAGGGAAGCUGUUAGCUCCUGAGAAAGAGAAGGAAGAGGACUGGAAGAGGAAAGAUGAUGUGUCUGGCGUGUACAAGUCCUCGGUGGCCUCCACACCCAAGAGCCCAGUGGCGAGGAGGCGGUCUGUCAGCAGGCGCACGGUGCGGGGCAGGGGGGCUGGAGCCGACUGGCUGGGCUUGAAGGAUGAGGAUUGGUGUGAGUGGGAGCCGCUGCCUGCAGCGAAGGGCAGCCCUGCCGUGAGCCGCCCCAGCCCUGCCCCGGCCGCACGGCCUGGCCCCGCCAGCCACGUCCCGGCUGCAGAGGAGGCAGCGGCUAAAGCGGCCCCGCUGGAGGAGGAGGACUGGCUGAUCGCUGCCUUGGCUCGCAAGAAAGCCCAAGCGCAGGCCAAGGCCCAGGAGAGGAAUGCCGAGGCCUCGGAGGCCCCAGGGGAAAGGCUGCAUCCCCGUCCUGCUGUCAGCCAUCCAGCCGCCUCCACAGGAGCCCCACAGCAGGCAGCUGCCCUGCAGGACACAGCCAGUGCAGACAGCUCUGGGCAGCCGGUGCCCUGGCUCAGCACCACGAAAGGAGCCUCAACUCAGGCGUCGGAGGCUGAGAAGGAGGAUCCCUCCGGAGACACCAGCGCCCUGGCCUCUACAGCCUUAUUGCCAGGAGAGCAGGAGGUGCAGGGCCCUGUCCCACUUGCUCAGGUUCCCACGCCCAGGACACGUCUCCAGGCUGCCCCACAGCUGCAGGCAGAGUCCUCAGGCCUGGGCUUGCUGCAUGAGAGGAGGCCGGGGCAUGGCACUGCCCAGCUCUAUGAGGAUGCAUCAGGCUGCCGGGCAGCUCUGGUCAGCGCCCAGGCCCGUGUGGCAGAGCUGGAGAGCCAGGUCCAGAUGCUGGAGGUGGAGCGGACGCAGCAGAGGCUGUUGCUGGAGAGUCUCCAGCAGCAGCACCAGAAGAACCUGGAUCUUCUCGAGAGCCCCUACAGGCGGCAAAUGAAGGUGUUGGAGGAGAGCCACAGGCGGCAGGAGGAGAGGCUGCGGCAGGAGCUGGAGCAGCUGAGGGCUCAGCUGCUGUCGCAGAGCCAGGACGCGGAGCAGGCGCAGGCAGAGCUGCGGGCACAGCACCAGCAGCAGCUGGCAGCACUGGAGCAGCAGCACACGCUGGAGGUGAAGCGGCUGCAAGAGCUGCAGAGGACGUCCAUCCAGGAGCUGCGCCAGGACUACGACGAGCAGCUGCGGCGGCUGCAGCGGCUGAAGGAUCAGGAGGUGGAUGCGGUGACCAGCGCCACGUCACACACCAGGUCUCUGAACGGCGUCAUCGAGCGGAUGGAGAAGUUCUCCAGUGAUCUGCACGAGCUCUGGCACAAGGUGGAGGCCAAGCACCACAGCACCUCCCAGGAGCUGGCCACGUGGGCACAGCAGCUCAGGGUGCUCCAAGACAGGAUGUUGCAGCAGCAGAAGGACAUGGAGGAGGAACAGAGACGACACCAGGACGUGAUUGCUAAAGUGGAGGCCAGGCUGAGCGAGCAGUCUCAGCAGCUGGAGCAGGAGCGCUGCAGGGCGCUGGCGGAGCAGUGCCAAGUGGGAUCUCUGCAGCGCUCGCUGGAGGAGCGGCAGCAAGUCCUGAGCCAGCAGCUCUCCAAGGAGCGAGCAGAGCUGGAGAGGGCCAAGAGCACUUUUCUGGCGGAGCAGCAGUUGGUGGUGCAGAAGUGCUCAGAGGAGUACCAGAAGCUGGUGACUGAGUGGGCUGAACUUCGUGCCCAGCAGCAGCAGAGCAGGGAGCUGGCAGAGCUGAAAGCCAAGGAGGAGCAGCUGGAGAAGGCCAGAGAGCUGCAGGAUAAGGCCUGGCAGAAGCUGAGGCUGGAGAAGGAGAGGGUGAAGGUGGCUGCGCAGCGCGUCCGGCAGCAGGAGGAGAAGGUGCAGAGCAGGGCCAAGCUCUCAUCCCAGAAGGACAAGAGGGGGCAGCAAGUGCUGCAGAAGGCUUGCAGGGGGGAGUGUGAGCACCCAAGGAGGCUGCAGGCCAUGCAGCAGCGCUUGAAGCAGCUGAGGCAGCAGGAACAGCACCUGCAGGAGGAGUGGCUGAGCACGGCUCUGAAGAGGAGACAGCUAGAAGAGCAAUGUGAGGAGCUGCCCAACAACUCCAUGAUGCUGCUGACUGCAGACCAGGACCUCGGUGCCCCUGUGAACGGCCUCUCCAGCACACUGUUUCCCCUGACGACAGCGGCACCACAGAGCUGGGGUCUUGUUGCAGAGCCUCCAGCUCCUGUCAGGGUGCUCCCUCAGCACAGCCCUGGGGCUGGCAGGGACACCCUGGCCACAGCCAGCGGCACCGAGCUCAUUGACGCCACGCUGCUGCUGCUGAAGUUCAGGGCCCAGCAGGACCAUGGUUUCUUAGAGAAUGAGGAGUUCUACCUGGAGAGUCUGACAAAAUCAUCCUAUCACACAUCAGCUCGGUCACGAGGAUGGUGGUCAGCACAUCUCACACCAGCAAAACUGCAGCCACGUCUCCACCAAUUGGUGACAAAGAAACCCAAGCUUUCUUAGGCAUUGUGGGCUUUUGGAGGCUGCACAUUCCCAACUGCUGUAAAUCCUCUCUGUCGAGU